CCGGGAUGAGGCAAUAACUCUCCGGCCGGGUGUUUAUCGGCCGCGAUCGGGGCUCGGGGGGUCCCGCACCAGAGCCAGCAGCCGCCCGCAGCCCCGCCCGAGGCCCAGCGCCCCCCCGGGGCAGGACCCGUCCAGCCGGGAGCCCCGCUCGCCCCCCCGGGCCGGGAGCCCUGCGGGGGGGGGGAGGAUGUCGCAUGGGGCGGGGCAGGGGGCCCGGGAUUCCGACCCCCAGCGGGGCCCCCCGACCGUCUACGUCCUGCUAGAGGGACCCCGCACGGCCGAGGCCGUCCAGGUGCUGAGCCUCGAGUCUUUGCUCCCCGAGUCGGGCAUCGUCGCGGACAUUGACUUAGAGAACGUCUUCUCCUUGGCCGGGGACAACUUCUACGAGCUGAAAAGCCAGCCCAUCUCCGGGAGGUCCCCCAUGUCUCUAACCCUGUCUGUCUCUCCCAGCCCCCCGGCUGCCCCCCUGCAGCCGCCGGCCCCCCCAGCCCCAGGGGACCCCCCCGGCCCCAGCAUGUCGUCGUCGCGGGUGCUGCUGCGGCAGCAGCUGAUGCGGGCGCAGACCCAGGAGCAGGAGCGGCGGGAGCAGCAGCAGGCGGCCCAGUUCCUGCCCCCCAACUCCGCGCCCCCCACUCCGGCCAUCUCCGUCAGCAGCCCCCUGCCCCGCCCCUCCGCCCAGGUCCCGGUGGAGGUGCUGAAGGUCCAGACCCACCUGGAGAACCCGACUCGGUACCACAUCCAGGCGGCCCAGCGGCAGCAGGUCAAGCAAUACCUCUCCACCACCAUGGGCAACAAGCUGGCCGCCCAGGCCGUGGCCGGCUCCAGCCCCGGGGCCCCCGCCCGCUCCCCCCAGGCUGCCUCGGCCCCCGAGCCCCACAGCCUGCCCCCCCGGCAGCAGCCCGCCUCGGGCCCCGGCAGCGCCCCCAACAGCCCCAUGGCCAUGCUGCACAUCGGCUCCAACUCGGAGAAGGAGAUCGAUGAUGUCAUCGAUGAGAUCAUCAGCCUGGAGUCCAGCUACAAUGACGAGAUGCUGAACUACAUGUCCGUGGACGGGGGGCUGCAGCUGCCCAGCACGCUGCCGGUGGCCGGGAACCUGCUGGAGAUUUAUAGCAGCCCGGGACUCCCGGACCCAACCGUCCCGGUCAGCAACUCCUGCCCCGCCGACCUGCCCAACAUCAAGACAGAGAUGUCAGAGAAUGAAGCCAAAGCGCUGAUGAAGGAGAGGCAGAAGAAAGACAAUCACAACCUGAUUGAAAGACGCAGACGCUUCAACAUCAACGACCGAAUCAAGGAGCUGGGAACCCUCAUUCCCAAAUCCAAUGACCCGGAGAUGCGCUGGAACAAAGGAACGAUCCUGAAGGCCUCCGUGGAUUACAUCCGCAAGCUGCAGAAGGAGCAGCAGCGCUCCAAGGAGAUGGAGCUGAGACAGCGCAAGCUGGAGCAAGCGAACCGCAGCCUGCAGCUCCGGGUGCAGGAGCUGGAGAUGCAAGCCCAGCUGCACGGCUUGCCCCUCACCUCGCCGGCAGGGCUGCUGCCCCUGGGGGGCUCUGGGGAGGGUGCCAAGCCGGAGGGCCCCGGACCCCCUCCAUUCCUGGGGGGCCCCUCCUGCGCCCCGGCUCCCGCUUCUUCCGCCACCUGCCUCCUGGACCUGGCCUUCCCCUCGGAGGAGCUGGGGGACGCCGGGCUGGGCUUCCCCCUGGGGCUGGGGGUUGAUGGGGGCCUGGAGGACAUUCUCAUGGAGGACGGGGGGCCCCUGUCGCCCCUGGGGGCCUCCGACCCCCUGCUCUCGUCCCUCUCCCCCGGCGCCUCCAAAGGCUCCAGCCGCCGCAGCAGCUUCAGCAUGGAGGAGGAUUCCUGAUCCUGGUCCCGCCCCUCUGGGGUGGGAGGAGCCAGGGGAGCCACACCUCUAAUCCCAUCGGGCUCCACCCCCUGGCUGUCUCCAGGCUCCGCCCCCCUCUUUUAUAGGCUCCGCAAGCUCCUCCCUUUCUCUCCACUUUCGCUCCAUGGGCGGCGCCCCAGGCUCGUAAGCCCCUCCCUCUCAGCUCAAGCUCCACCCCAUUGUAUAGGCCCUGCCCCAGCUGUCUGUGCACAGCGCCAGAGUUCCAAAAGCUCCACCCCCUCCUCAAGCCCCUCCCCAUCACAUAGGCUCCACCCCUUUCAGCAGCAGGGACUGGGCCUCAGAGUUUCAGACUCUGCCCCUUUUACCCUCCCUCUCCGCCCUGUUGUGUAGGCCCCGCCCCUUGUGUGUUCCCAAGCUCCACCCCUUUUCUAGUCCCCCCCCACAUGUGGAAGCCCUGCCCUCUCCAGACCACACCCCUUUUACAUAGGCCCCACCUCUUAUUUGCAGUCCACACCCCUUUUUGACAGGCUCCGCCCCUUCCUUUCACACUCUUCCCCCUCCCCAUUUGUUCUCUUCCUUAAUGGAUAACGCCCCACAUCCCCCUCUCCCCCACGCACACGCCUCCCCUAAACUACCCCUCCCUUCCCCCCCCAACCUUGAUUGUGGAGCAUCAGGGGACCCCUCCCUGCAGCCUACUUGAGGGUCAGGGGGCCCCGUGGCCUCUCCCUAACAGGCUGUGUAUGUGGGGGUGCUUGUGAUUGGGGGAGCCCCCAAAAGGAGCUAUUCCCCACAGCUGUGUUAAUAUCGGGGUUCGUCCGAGCCCACACUGUGAACCCAAGAGGGACAAAAUUGGGGUGUGGCCAUUGGGGGAGGGAGCUGAUUGGCCCCCAAACGGCCCCUCCAAACCAGUGGGUGUCAGCUCAUUCCCAAGGGGGCUGUCCACCCCAAUUUUGGGAUGGGGGUGUCCCUAUUUCCGGCUUCUUCCAAUACAUUUCCCCCUUCUUCUGACGGUGUACUCCCAAAAUCUGCUUCAUGGAGGAGGGCUAUGUAUGAGGGGUCCCUUGGAUAAAACAGGUGUACCCCCAAACUUGUACUCCUGGGGUGUCUAGCUAUGGGGUGUCCUCACCCAAAUGCACCCCAAAAUCUGCUCUACUGAGGGAAUAAAAAGAGGUGCUCCUUCAGAAAAUGGGGUACAGAGGGAAUGAAAUAGCUGUAAGCCAAAUCCUGCAAACCUUGGGGAUCAACUACUAAUGGGGUCCUCUCUUUUGGGGGGGGUGCAUAAAAAUGUCAAACACCCACAUUUAUCUCCCCCAAAUUGGCUGCUAUUUUGGGGUGACAUUUGGAGGAGUGACUCACGGGCUCUAACCUUCCAUGGCCCCCCAAAAGUGUGGCACCCCAAAAACACACGAGCAGGGGGAGUCACUGUUGAGUCCUGUCCUUUCCAUAGCCCCAUUGUGUAUAUGUCCCCUAAAUAAGGGUGAGAGUGUUUUUGGGGGGUCUAUGUCUUGUGGGGGACUCAUGCAGAUUUUGGAGGGACACGGUGGGAGGGAAUUUUUUUAAAUGCUUUUAUUUUAUACAAAUCCUAUUUUUUUUAAGAGAAAAUUAUAACCCUUUCCUGGCCCAUACAAAUCUGGGGUUCAGGGGAUUCUCAUUUGCCUUUCCAUACUCCCUGCCCAGCCCACCACCACCAACCCCCACAGGCAUGAAGGAUCCCCCUUAAUUUCCCCUCUAGGGGGCAUCAGCUCCCCUCCAGCCCCAGUGCAGUGGGCUGGCUGGCUCAGGGGGGCAGGAAAUGGGGCAUGGGGCCUGUCCCCUCUAGGGGGCACCAGCUCCCAUCUGGCCCCAGGGUAGGGCACUGGCUGGCUCAGGGG